CUGUUCUUGGCUACCAUAUUAUAUAUCGAAAACGAAAGUAAACCUUUCCGGGUGUGGCUUUUUCUGUAAUAUGUUGAUCUUUAGGCAGACCGACUUGCGAUUCAUAUGAUCCUACAGCAAUCUUACAGGUAAACAGGAUAAUGCAAGCCCAAGUUUUGUCUGCAGUUGUGAAAAGAGUGAACAUAGCUAGAACUAUUGAUUAUGGACAGACGUAUAUAGCUGAUCUUAAAUGUGUAAAUAAAGGAAGAGUGUGCUUCUGUUGUAAAUACAAAAUAUGCGGAUCCUUCUUGUGUGUUUAGAGGCGAUUCUAUUCCGUUUCUUUCUACUCAUGGGUCUUGUUUGUGCUUUACAAGUGAAAAUUCUUCCGAAAAUUUUAUUAUUUGGCAUACAAGUGAGAGGUCAUUGAUGAAUUGUAAUAUUUGUCAUAGUUACUCUAUUGGAUACCCUUUACCAGGUGAACCAUACAAUCCUCAGUUAUUCAAUAGAUUUUGGCCUUUACAUGAUGAACUGACUACGGGAUACACACCAAAUGGAUUAGCAGUAUGCAAAUCGGGGGCAAUUUUAGCUUGUCUUUGGAAUCAUCAAGUGCACAAGCGUUCACAAGGCAAAGUACUUAAGUUAUCUCUGGGUGGAGUUAAACUUUUUGAAAUAGAAACAGACAAAAACCGACCCCUUUUUAUUUGUCCGACCUACAUAACAGAAAACGGAAAUGAAGACAUCUGUGUUUCUGAUGUGAACGCCGUGGUCGUCACCGACGCGGGGGGCUUUCUGAGAUUUAGGUACACAGGAGCACAAAGUGACCCUCAGUUUGAUCCAUUCGGUAUCUGUUGUGAUUCCAAGAAUAACCUCAUUGUAGCGGACAUGGUGAAAAACAGAAUUCACAUGAUUGAUCAAAAUGGCAAGCUGCUUCACUAUAUUCAUUACAGUGACAUACACAUGCCACGAGCUCUCUGUAUAGACGAGGAUGAUAAUCUGUAUGUUGGAGAAUGGUCCUCUGAAGAUAUAAAAGUCCUCGCACUCCAAUGACUCUUCCAAGAAGAACUUUUUUCAGAAAUUUUUAUCUAAUAAAUACUUUAAUUCAUUGCA